GUGGAAAAUAAUUAAAUAAUGAAUGAAUACGGUGAUGACAACGUUUGUAGAAUAUGCUUUCAACGUCAAGAUACUAUAUUCUCACUGUUCAGAAAGCAGAAGGGAUCGUCUCCUUAUGAUAAACUAGUUAAACACACUAAACUACAAAUCGCUUUAGACGACGGCGGACCGGCUUCUAUUUGCCUACAAUGUCUCACAGAUUUAGACACGACCAUAAACUUUUUAAAUAAAUGUGAAAAAUCUAAUGAAAUACUGGCAAUUAGAAAUUAUGAGAAAAAAGAAGUUUCAAAUUUGGAAUGCGGCGUUCCGAACGACAUCGUUUGUUUUUCUCAAGAAGAGAGCAUAGAUUCAGAGUUGAUUCAGCCAGUUAAGGGUAGUGUGGACAAUCAUGGCGGAAAACACAUAGAAUUAGUAACAGAAAAUGUUCAGUGUCCUCAAUGUGGUUCUAAACGGCGCUGCAAACAUUGGGCGCCGCCUGUGGCUUAUACCUGCCAAUACUGUCAAAAAGUGUUUACUAGAAAAUUUAAUUAUACACUGCAUCUCAAGCGACACCUAGGCGAGCGGGACUGGCCCUGCCCUAUCUGCGGAGCCUUACUGCUGACCCGCUGGCUAGCUACGAGACAUUGUAGACGGCCACGGAAAGCCUGCCCAGUGCCAGGCUGUGACAAAACAUUCACCACAAACACUAACUUAGCUACACAUGUUAGGAUUCAUAGCGGUGAGCGUCCCCAUGACUGUCCGGAGUGUGGCAAGAGCUUCUCAUGUAAAAACACCCUUAAUGAUCACGUUAGGAUUCACACAGGCGUCAAACCCUACAUCUGCCCAGUGUGCGGCAAACUCUUCGCCACCAACAAGCUCUCCACCCACAUGUUGUCGCACACCACCUCCCGCCCGCACGCGUGCGCCGCCGCGGGCUGCGCGCGCGCGUUCAAGUCGCGCCGCGCGCUCACGCUACACGCAGCCACGCAUGAGCGCAGGCGCGCGCACAAGUGUAGCGUGUGCGGGAAUAGGUAUAAUCACACGCAGUCGCUGAAUAAACACAUGAAGAGGCAUGCCCAGAAAUCCAUUACCACGGACAACAUACAGAUAGACCACAGCGACAUACAAUGAACAAUACUAACACGUACUAACCAAAGAGUU